AUGCAAGUCACCUUCGCCCUGUCAAAUUUGACAGGACAAGCAAAGACUUGGGCCUUAGGGCUCAAGCUUCACGACCCAAACGUGUUUGAUUCGUUAGAGAUCAUGAAGUCUCGGCUCAAAGAGACGUUUGAGCCGCCGAGAGCCGAGUUCAAAGCACGCUCUUUACGCCUGAGGCUCAAGCAAGGUAAGCGUGAUGUGCACGCAUACGCACAAAAGCCACGCUACCUUGCGAGUAGCGUCACGGAAAACCCUGUUGAUGAGCACACGCUUAUCCACGUGUUCAUCUACGGCUUUCUAGAUGGGCCGGUGAAGACCUACAUGUUCCGAGAGGACUUCCAUACGCUGGAAAAGGCGAUAUCGUAUGCGUAA